AGAGGAAAGAGGAAAGAGGAGGAAGGAGUAGAGGGAAAGAGGGGAAAGAAGAGAAGACAAAGCAUUCAUAAAACUAAAGCACCCGUGGACGACAGCAAUAAUUCCUCGUAAAGCUCAAACUCUUACAAGCUGAAGGAAUGGGCGGCUUUCCGGUGGUCCUGCUCCUCUGUGGUCUCCACGCGCUCACAGCUGUAGCCCAAAACCAGUCGAACGUUAGCAAUGCUGCAGCUGGAGGCGCCUCACCAGCCAGCUGCAGGGAGGAGACGUACCCUUGCACCAGGAUGUACUCGGUUCACCGGCCCAUCAAGAGAUGUAUUGGUGCUCUUUGCCUCUACAGCCUUUCUCGUGUCUACGUGAUCAACAACGAGAUCUGUGUAAGGACGGUGUGCCAGCAGGACGAGUACCUGAAAGCCGAACUGUGCAGAGAGCGGUCAGGGUGGCCCAGGCGGAUUGAGAGGUCUUCUAAUAAGAAACGCUGUCGCAAUCACCGGGGAAACCCCAAAACCUGGGCAAACGCGGCCUGAUGGGGAAGGCCACGUGACCACCUGUGAGGACGGAGCCUCUCAAAGACACACAAACCCGGGACGUCGUCAUAAAAACGGCCCGUAACGCUGUAAAUCCACCACUCGACACCCGGGGGGCUCGUUUCCUUUCACAUGUUUAUGUAUCUUUUCUAUGGGUGUGAAUAUUGAACUCUUUUAAUUUCUGUGUUUUUGGAAACACAUCACAUCCUCCACGGUUUAAAGCCCAUUUAAGGUACUGUAGUAACGCGCCGUAGGCAGCACUGAGUCAUGUGUGUACUCAGACAACAAACAUGGGAUCUAAUGUACACAAAAAUACACAACUACAUUUGAUUAGGGGUUAUUUCUUUAUUGUUUUGUUAUUUUUUGCUCUGUUCGUUCAGGAGAAAAAACAACAAAUUAAAGUUAUGGUCACUGAGUGA